CUCAGAAAAUGCCCAUCACAAAUGGCAGUGCAAUAAGAGAAUUCAUUCUCCUGGGGCUCACAGAUCGCCCCGAACUCCAGCCUCUUCUCUUUGUGCUGUUUCUGGUUGUGUACCUUGCUACUCUCUUUGGAAACCUGGGAAUGAUAGUGUUGAUCAGACUGGAUUCUCGCCUUCACACCCCUAUGUACUUCUUCCUCACCAAUUUAGCCUUUGUUGACUUGUGCUAUACCUCCAACGCCACCCCACAGAUGUUGGCUAAUUUUCUUUCAGAGAAGAAGACCAUCACCUUUGCUGGCUGCUUUACCCAGUGUUACAUUUUCAUUGCGCUCCUUCUCACAGAGCUUUACAUGCUGGCAGCCAUGGCCUAUGACCGCUAUGUGGCCAUAUGCAGCCCUCUGCACUAUAGUGUGAAAAUGUCCAGGCAGGUCUGCACCUGCUUGGCCACAUUUCCUUAUGUCUAUGGCUUCUCAGAUGGCCUGUUACAGUCCAUCCUGACCUUCCGCUUGACCUUCUGUAGAUCCAAUGUCAUCAACCACUUCUACUGUGCUGACCCACCACUCAUUAAGCUUUCCUGUUCUGACACUUAUAUCAAAGAGCUUGCCAUGCUCAUAUCAGCUGGCUUCAAUCUCUCCAGCUCCCUCACCAUCAUCCUGGUGUCCUAUGCCUUCAUUAUUGCUGCCAUUCUCCGGAUCAAAUCAGCAGAGGGAAGGCACAAAGUAUUCUCCACCUGUGGUUCUCACAUCAUGGCUGUUACCCUAUUUUAUGGGUCACUUUUUUGUAUGUAUGUAAGACCACCAACAGAUAAGACUGUUGAGGAAUCCAAAAUAAUAGCUGUCUUCUACACCUUUGUAAAUCCAGUGCUUAAUCCGUUAAUCUACAGCCUGCGGAACAAAGAUGUGAAGCAGGCAUUGAAGAAUGUCCUCAGACGAAAUGUGGUCACUAGGAUGGCAAUGCUUCCAUUUCCCAAUAAACCAUAACACUAAACCUUGGGCUCAAAUGU